GAGCGUCUAGACCCGGGUACGCGCUUCACUCCAGACUCCGCGGGAGCACAGGCGAGCCGCUGCUCUCACUCACCCCCACGCCCACCAGGUGCGUUGAUCGUCGCCCUCCUGUACUCCACCAGCGGUGUCCAGUCACCUAGGUUGUCAGGGACAAAGGGAAGGGAGGAGCAACCCGGGACAGCCCGGAGAAAGUACACGUAAGCCCCCUGCGGACCCUCGGAUUGCCCCGGGGGAAGACCGUUGAGUCCGGCAAGCUAGCAGGUAGCUAUAGCCUACAGCCCCAAACCCGGAGUCUGGACUCUCACCCUGCUGGUGGCCUUUCCAGAGUGGGAUUGACCUAGCCUGUGUUCAGUAGCCCACCCCUUUCUCGGGCUCCCUCCCGCCUAAGAUUAGCCUCCGCCGGGCAGCGCCAUGACGAUGAACCUUCUGCAAGAUUGGUGUAAGGAGCUGGAAGUGGAGGUGCACAGGGCCCUCCUGAUCACGGGCAUCCCUGAGCGCCUGCAGCAGGCGGACAUCGAAGCUACCCUGAGUCCGAACUUGCAGCCCCUGGGCAACUACAGGCUUCGGACUGUGAGAGCUGUAACCAAAGAGAAGUCUCAGGCAGCCCUUGUAGAAUUUGGGGCAGACUUCGAUCACUCUGCCAUACCUAUCCACAUUAGGGGAGAGAAUGGGAUUUGGAAAAUCCUGAGUAAGGACCGCGGGCAAGAUGCGCGGGUCCUUAGGCAGAUGAGGCGCCUGUUGCUGGAUGAAAGGCCCAUGGAUGACUUCAGAGAAAUAGCCAUCCCUCUGGUAUUGGAGGCCCAAGCCCAGGCCAAGGGAUUAGGGAAGGAGGCCAAGAAGGCUGGCUCCUCUGAAGGGGCAGCUAGGAGCGGCCGUCGGGGCCGUCGGGGAGGCAAGCGCCGAUCCAGAAGCCACAAGUUGACGGCUCAGAAGGGCCAGAAGAGGAGCCGGGGAGGGCGGCGAGCCAGGAGUGAGUCGGAAGACUCUUCUGAUGACAGCCUGGGUAUCGUCAUAGAGGAGAUCUACGCAGAGGACCUGAGCGUAGAUGAAGACCAGAGGGCCCUGUAUGCCACGCUCCAAGCAGCUGCCAAAGAGCUCACCAAGAAGUGGGCCUUUCGGGGUGACCAGGAAGAAGGAGAUGGCCCCCGAGAAUUCUUGGCACUUGUCACUGUCACCGACAAAGCUAAGAAGGAAGAGAUAGAGAAAGACCUUCCUGGGACAGAGUCUAUCUGCUUAAACAUCAAAGACGAAAAGAGCGGGGUUCCUGAUUUAGUCGCGCUACUGGCUGUGAGAGAUACCCCCGCAGUGGAGGUAGAGACAGAGGUGGAUGAUGAUGAUGAAGAUGACGAAGAUGAAGAUGAUGAAGAUGAUGACGAAGAUGAAGAUGACGAUGAAGAUGAUUCCGACAGCGAGUCUCUGGAAAAUGGAGAGCACGGAAAGGAAGUGAUGGAUAGCCCCGAGUUUGUGGCUAUUGUGGCUUAUACAGACCCCGCUGACCCCUCUGCCAGAGAGGAAAUGCUAAAAAUAGCUUCUGUGAUUGAGACCCUCGGCUGGGGCGACAAAAAAGACAAAAAAGAUGUCCUUCCUCAAGUCCUGUCCGUCAUGGCUAAGGACACCUCUGGGCCCAGGGUGAAGGUAGAGGAGGCAGGUCGUCAGGUGGACGCCAUGGUCCUGAGGAAGGCAGAGGAAGAUGGGAAUCUUCUGGAAUGUAUUUCUACCUUGGCUGAGGCAGAGAACUGCCCUAAGGGAAAGAAGUCUGGGCUAGGUCUCCUCAGAGGCUGGACCGCUGAGGGCCACCAGGGUGGCCUAUUGGAGCUGGUGGCACUCUUGGCUGCGCAAGAUAUGGUGGAAGCUGUGAGAGAAGAAGAAGCCAGCAGGUGGGGCAGUGGUGGAAGUGGUGGCCGGAAGUGUGACCAUAGCCAAGGUGGUUUAUCUGAGGUCCUGGCUUUCCUGGCCUCCCAGGAGAAUCUAGAAUCCAACGAGGAAUCGGACGAGGAUUCAGACACAGAGUCAGAGGGAGAUUCCGAGGACACUGACAGCGAAGAGUCCGAACCUGGUGACAGCGUGUCCAAGAAGCCGCGCGCCAAGAGAGCGCGCACAGGCUCCAAAGGCCUCCCACCGGCCGGCGCCACCGCGGUCUCCACCGCAUCCCGGGCACGCAAAGCCCGCAGGGGUGGCCGCGGUCGUGGCCGGGCUGUCACCCCAGAGAAGAAAACGGGGAGCGGGGUUUCAACCGAGGACCAUGCGGGGAACAACAACAAGAAGAAGAAGGGAUCCGCAGGAGCCGGGGCCCGUGCCAGGGCUGGCGAGGCCAAGGGACAGCCAGCUGCUGUUCCCAAGUCUACCCGCGGAAAGAAAGCACGCAGGGGCCCAAGGCGGGCGCCCAAAUGCCGUUAGUGCCGCAGAUGUCACUACAAGCCCUGUCUCUUGUGUGUGGACUUCCCUCCCUACUUUCCUCCUAUUCUCUCUCCUCCCUGCAGCCCCCUCUCGCUUAACCGUGUGCAUUUGCUUUGUGCGCUGCUGCGUCCCUGGCUGGCUAUGGCCGGUGCCCAGCUUUCCCUCUCAGCUCUAUGAACAGAUGGCGAUGGCGCGAGCGAUCAUUAUGGCUGCAGCCUAGAUAUGACAAGGAAAAAGAGACCAGACACUCGGAUGCAGUGGCCAGUGGGUGCGGAGGAGAAAUGGGUCCGAAGACACUGAGGGGUCUCUGCUCUACCUCUGGAGCCCCCCUCCACGCCUCCCGCGUGAGUGUGUGUAGGUGCCUGGCAUUCCUGCCUGCCCAUCCUUCCAGACACCGGUUUCUGGCCGAACAGUUGGGAUUUGCUGUGAGCCACCUCUGGCCCUGACUGGGCCUUAGGGAGAAGCAAGAGUGUUGGGCACUAUGGGCAUUAGGGGGUCUUGGAAGGGUUAAGGGCCGUGUGUGCGUGUGUGUGUUCGCGCGCAUGUGUGCACGCGUGUGUGUGCAUGCGUGUUCGCGCGCGUGUGUGUGCGUGUGUGUUGAGGGGAAAGUAUUCCAUAAAUGAAAGUUUGUGAGGGCUGAGAACUGGAGGAGGAAUAAAAAUGGGAGGAGAGGAGGGGAAUGCUGGGGGGCGGGGCUGGAGGAAGAGGGAGAAGAGGGGCAGGGAGGAAGAGGGAAGGAAGGGAAGGCGUUGGCAUUAGCUUACUCUCCUGAGGCUCUGCAGGUGGGAAAGAGGGGAAGCCAACUCCCCCACCCCCACCCCCACCCCACCCUAGCCCUUGUCCACGGGUUGAAUUGGUAAUAUACCCUGCCAAAAUGUUCUGCUUUGGAAAACUUAGGUGAAAUCCAGAUUUCUGGGUUUCUAGGCAAGCCCUGCCCCCUCCUACUGUGACUCCCCAGCUGUCACUGGCCACUCCUCAGCUGUCUGCCCUUGUAACUCUUGACUUAAUAUAACAAUGGAGUCCCUUGUUCACCCCUCUCCCCACUGUGUGCAGUAUAUACCCCAGAUCUCCUUAAAGGGUCAAGUGUCCCUAUCAUGUAAGAAGCAGUUGCUGUGCCCCACCCUGGCCUCAUUGGUCCCUAACUAAGCCUGACUGCUGCUGGCCAGGCUCCAGCCCUCAGCUGUCCCUGAGAGCAGCCGCCUCAGCUGUGUGUUUUCCUGUAGUGCUACGUGCCAGAAGCCCCGGCUGGGCUGCCCAGCUCCGUGUUUCCAUGUGUAGAUAAUGCUUUGCCCUGCACAGCACUUUGAAACCCUCUUGUUCCCGCGUGUGCGAAUGUGUGCGUGUGUGUGCGUGUGUUCAACUUUCUAUCCCCAGGAAGUGACCGGUUCGUGGUACCUGGACCCUCUAGGAUGGAACAGAAGUUCUGACCAGCCUCACACCCAGACCGUCCAGCUCCUCAGUGGGGACAUACAGAAACUGCAAGGGGUUUCUGUACCUCUUUGUACUCAGAGGCAGCCCCUCUCCUUGAUUCCCAGGACCAGUGGCAAUGAGGGGACAGAUGGAGAAGCAGGCCAGAGGGGCCUGUGGGCUGGAGAGGAAACCCCACUUCAUGUAGACUGAUGGACUUGGGGUCUAGUGGCUGGGGAGGGCCCCACAUGUCACUUUGCCUUGCAUAGUUAUAGGUACCUGUCCUUGUGUGCUGUGUGAUCUGGGAUCCUCAAAUGAAACAAUGAAGCAUCUUAGUUGUUGA